AUGUCUGGGGAGAAAAAGACGUUCCCCAAAAAGCAAAACAGGACCAGCCCGCCGAAGGAACAGAAGGCAGACAGUCAGACAGACCUGCACGAGGAGUAUGGGCGCAUCAAGAGCGCCGAGCAAGAAGUCGUGUUUCUGAAGCCCAACUUUGAUGAUCUGCAUUUCUUCGGCCACGCGGCCCGCCGGAACGACUACCCGCCAGCGCAUGAGCCUCGCACUAAGCAUUAUGAGGGCCCAUCCUGGGCUGCCCAGUACCAAGAACGUGUCAAGCAAAUGGCCGCAGUGGUUCCGCCGAGAAGGUACGAGCCCGGCGCACCCCGAGCCCAUGGAGUCGUCGACAGUGAUCUACGAGAACAGAGCUCUUUGAGACCAGCCCCACAUCCGCACCAUGAACAGAGUCAGAGCCAUGGAAGGUGGCCUCCCGCACAGACGUCCUAUGAUUCGCAUCGGAAUACAGUGCCUGCUGCAAGACCACAGCGCGACAUCAGCUAUGAACGAAGGGGAUUGACGCAAAAGCACCUCGAUUCCAUCGAAUCUACAUUGCCCGAAUGGGAAAAAUUCAAGCGAGCAAAAGGCGAUGACCCGCACAAGUUCAUAGAGACACUAAGCGAUGACGAGGAAAAAGAAACAUGGCACCAGAUCUUUUCGCUGAUUGGCGAUCAGUCGCCCAGUAAGCCAAUGGAAACAGUGUCUCGGAAGCGGCCACUAAUUUCGCAUGCUCCUCAGCCUAAGCAAGAGGAAGUUCCCUCCUUCUUCCGCACCGAGAUGCCGAGCACGAAGAGCUAUUUCGGAAUACCCCGUAGUCAAUCUCCAGAGCAACGUUCGUAUCCAGAGUCUUCACGUCGGGAUAGGGAUUCUCCCGAGCGCUCUCGCUCGCCUCAUUAUCAGGAUGCCGAUCGCUAUCCGCGCACUUCUGGACGCCGUACAUUGCUUGGAAGUGAGCAUACGCCGAGGGGAUAUACAAAGCACGAGCACGGAGAAAACCCGACACAUAGCCGAUAUGACAACAGGCCGCCGCGCCCUAGUUCUAGGGAUGCCGUCUACUCUCCCGACUCAAGUUACGAAUCGCGCGAGUAUAGCACUCGAAGGGGCCUUCUUCCGGAGCCACGCGGAUAUCACAACAACACACCCCCAUCGUCGCAGGCGUACUACACGCGGCCUGCGUCGCCACCUCGGCAAGCUGGGCUUCUGCCAUCACCUGCUGCACCCCCUGCCCCUCCCUAUCCGUCGGCUUCGCAGGUCUAUAAUGGUUAUGCAUCCACACCGGAAACUGGUUCUCGUUCUGGCGGCUACUCGAACCCUUCCAGAAUCUCGGCGCCAUCCUCGUCUUCCGGGUACCGCUUCUUUGACCGC